CCAAGAACCAUGGUGUCCAACGAGGUUUACCUGUUGCCCCUCAACGACGACGGCUCGCCUGAUGUCGCCGGCCAAUAUGUCUACAUCGCCCCCAAGACGCAUGACCCCGUCACCAUCCGCUUUACCAUCGAGGGCACCUCGAGCAUAUGUCGCCACGGGAGCCUUUGGGUCAACAUUCCGGACCAAGGCCAGGAAUUCCAGAGGCACUCGUUCAGAGAGUUUCCCUUGGUGCCCAACUUUACUCGUGACAUAGAAAUCUCUAUCCCCAUCUACCAGCCUGGGCCUUAUACCUACUAUGUUACCUACGCAGCUCUGCCAGAGCUGUCCGAGGGCCUUAGGGAGAACGGUACUGCCAGCGAGGAGAAGAAGCAGUCCCCCUUCUUCUACAUUGAUGUCGCUCCGCGGCUGAGCCUCGACGGCUCAUCUCUGCCUCUGCCUGCCCUGUCCGUCUUCUCCAUCAUCAGCAAGUUCAUGGGCAGAUACCCUCAGGACUGGGAGAGGCAUCUGGCCGGUAUCAGCGACAGGGGAUACAACAUGGUCCAUUUUACCCCGUUGCAGGUUCGUGGAGACUCCAAUUCGCCCUACAGUCUCUAUGACCAGCUCGGCUGGGACCCGACCUGUUUCCCUGCCGGGGAGCAGGACGUCAAGAAGAUGGUGGACAGCCUGGAGCAGAACCACUCACUUCUAAGUCUUACCGAUAUUGUCCUCAACCACACGGCCAACAACGCCGGGUGGCUGCUGGACCACCCUGAUGCGGGCUACAACCUGACCACCGCUCCCUGGCUCGAGUCCGCCUACCUGCUCGACACCAGGCUGCUCGAGCUCGGCUCCAAGCUCGGCAAGCUCGGUCUGCCCACGGACAUCCAGUCAGAGGAGGAUCUCGUUAAGAUCAUGGGCGCCGUGAGGAACGUCAUCAGCGAAAUCCGCCUGUGGGAGUACUAUACUCUCGAUGUCGACCGGGACGCAGACGCUGGUGUUGAGGCCUGGACUGCUGGGCGCGCCGAUGAAGCUGCUCUUGCCCUGCCACAUGGAUCCGUCGAGGAGCAGGCUGCCCUCCUGAGAUCAGGGCUCGUCGGCAUAGACCGCCUGGGCGAGCGGUUCCGGCGCAAGGUCAGACCAGAGGUGGCGGCCUCUUACCUCACAGCCGUCCUUGGCAAGUUUGAGACGGCCACGGACGAACAAAAGAAGGAUGCCCGUGCGAAGCUGGCAUCCGGGCUGGACGUCGUCAAUGUCGAGUAUUACAAGGAAUAUGACGCCGAGUCGGCCGUCAUCCUCGACCAGCUGUUCAACCGCAUCAAGUACUGCCGCCUGGACGAACACGGCCCGAAGAUGGGUCCUAUCGGCACAGACAGCCCUCUUAUCGAGUCAUAUUUCACCCGCCUGCCAGCCAACGAGAAGACGGCACAUCACAAGAAGGAAGACCUGGCUCUUGUGAACAAUGGCUGGGUCUGGGGCGGCAAUGCCCUCGUCGACAAUGCUGGCCCUGAAUCCAGGGUCUACCUGCGCCGCGAGGUGAUUGUCUGGGGCGACUGCGUUAAGCUGAGGUACGGCAAGGCACCUGAAGACAGCCCAUUCCUCUGGGAACAUAUGACCAAGUACGCUCGCAUGCUGGCGAAAUACUUUGCGGGUUUCCGCAUCGACAAUUGCCACUCAACCCCGAUCCAUGUUGCAGAGCACAUUCUCGAUGAGGCUCGGCGGAUCCGACCGGACCUGUAUGUUGUGGCAGAGCUCUUCUCCGGAUCGGAAGAGAUGGACUACGUCUUUGUGAAGAGGCUGGGCUUGAGCUCUCUCAUUCGUGAGGCCAUGCAGGCCUGGAGCACGGGCGAGCUCAGCCGUCUGGUGCACCGCCACGGCGGCCGUCCCAUCGGGAGCUUCGAGGUGGACGAAGUCUCCAGGAACAGCGCCAGAAGUCCCACGUCGCCACCAAUGUCGCCAACAGGCCAGAAUGGCUCAUCAGCCCAAAAUGGUGACGAGUCUAUGAAGAGGGAGGUUGUCCGCCGGAUCAAGCCCGUGCCCGUCCAGGCCCUGUUCAUGGACUGCACACACGACAAUGAGACACCUGCACAAAAGCGGGACGCUCGCGACACGCUCCCAAAUGCAGCACUGGUCAACAUGUGUGCCAGCGCCACUGGCAGUGUCAUGGGUUACGACGAGAUAUACCCGAAGCUUAUUGAUCUGGUAGGCGAGACCAGGCUGUACACGUCCGAGUCCUCCAACGGCAAGAAGGUCGAGACAGGUGGUGGGAAGAACGGCAUCGGCGGCGUCAAGAAACUCCUGAACCAAAUCCACACGCUGAUGGGCAAAGACGGCUACGACGAGACUCACAUCCACCACGAGGACCAGUACAUCACGGUUCACAGGGUGCAUCCCGAGUCCCGUAAGGGAUACUUCCUCAUCGCCCACACCGCCUUCCCAGGAUACGGCAACGGCAACGGUGCCUUCAACCCUGUCCACCUCACCGGCACCAAGGUCCGACACCUGGGAAGCUGGAUGCUCGAGGUAGACACCCGUGAGGAGACCAAGAAGGAGGUGUUGGAGGACAAGAGCGCGCUGCGAGGACUGCCGAGCCGCGUCAUCGAUCUGCCCGGCGUCCGGAUCGAUGUCAAGGGGGCAGAUACCACCAUCACUGUCCGUGAUAAGUUCCCGCCGGGCAGUAUCGCCCUUUUCGAGACCUGGAUCCCUGCUGCCGAGCACUCGUCCGGUCUUGAUACCUUUGUCACCUCAGGGGCAAAGGAAGCAUUCGCAGAGCUGGACCUUAUCGACCUGAACUUCCUUCUCUACCGCUGUGAGGCCGAAGAGCGCGACAGCAGUGCCGGGCGCGACGGCGUCUACGACAUUCCCGGCUACGGAAAGCUUGUCUACGCCGGCCUGCAGGGCUGGUGGAGUAUCUUGAAAGAUGUGAUAAGAGACAACAACCUCGCUCAUCCUCUCUGCCAGAACCUUCGUGAUGGCCAAUGGGCUCUGGAUUACAUUAUUGGCCGUCUUGAGCGAGCCUCGGAGGGCGAACUCUACUUCCGCAUCGCAAAACCGACCCUGUGGUUGAAAAAGCGCUUUGACGCUGUUCGAAAGAUUCCCAGCUUCCUUCUGCCUCGCUACUUCGGCCUGGUCAUGCGUGCCGCGUACAUGGCGGCCUGGGAGCGCGGCAUCUCGUUGAUGAACGAGAACGUGCAGAAGGGCCAGUGGUUCUUGCAGAGCCUUGCCAUGGUCAGCGUGCAGGAGCAGGGCGUGGUCAAGUCGGGCUCACUGUAUCCCAAGACCCUUGUCCCCUCUCUGGCUGCCGGUCUGCCUCACUUUGCCGUGGAAUGGGCUCGCUGCUGGGGUCGUGACGUCUUCAUCUCCCUGCGCGGUCUUCUUCUCGGGACCGGGCGGUUCGAAGAGGCCAAGGAACACAUCAAGGCGUUCGCGAGCGUCCUGAAGCACGGCAUGAUCCCCAACCUCCUCGCUUCUGGCAACACGCCUCGCUACAACGCCCGCGACUCCAUCUGGUUCUUCCUGCAGUGCAUACAGGAUUACACCAAGCUGGCACCCGAUGGGCUGGACAUUCUGCAGGAGAAGACCAAGAGGCGUUUCCUGCCUUAUGACGACACCUGGUUUGACACUGAGGACCCGCGGGCCUACUCGACGGAGAGCACAAUCGAGGAUGUGAUCCAAGAGGCCCUACAGCGUCAUGCGGAGGGCAUGUCGUUCCGUGAGGCCAACGCUGGCCCGCAGAUUGACUCACAGAUGAGAGACGAGGGCUUCAACAUCGAGAUCCAUGUGGACUGGACCAACGGCUUCGUGUUUGGUGGCAACCAGUUCAACUGCGGGACCUGGAUGGACAAGAUGGGCGAGAGCGAGCGCGCAGGGUCCAAGGGCAUCCCAGGCACGCCCCGUGACGGAGCUGCCGUGGAGAUCACCGGCCUUCUAUACAGCACGCUCAACUGGGUGCAGGAGCUCUCCAGCUAUGGCAAAUUCAAGUACAGCAGCGUGACCAAAGCGGAUAAGUCCACCAUCAGCUUUAAGGAGUGGGCGGACCUGAUCAAGGCCAACUUUGAGCGCUGUUACUACGUUCCCCUAUCUGCAGAAGCCGACAAGGAUUACGACGUCAACUCCAGCAUCGUCAACAGGCGCGGCAUCUACAAGGACCUGUAUAGGUCCGGCAAGGAAUACGAGGACUACCAGCUCCGGGCCAACUUCCCUAUCAGCAUGACUGUGGCUCCGAGCCUGUUCGAUAUGCAGCAUGCCAUCGACGCCCUCAUCCUGACUGAUAAGGUCCUUCGCGGCCCGACAGGCAUGGCAACGCUCGACCCGGCCGAUCUCAACUAUAGGCCGUACUACAUCAACUCGGAGGACAGCGAAGACUUCGCCACCUCCAAGGGCAGGAACUACCACCAGGGACCGGAGUGGCUUUGGCCCACGGGCUUCUUCCUGCGUGCGCUGCUCAAGUUCGACCUGGCGAGACGCGACCCCAGCGACAGGGAGGGCCGCACGGAGGCUUUCCAGCAAGUCACCAAGAGGCUGAUGGCGUGCAAGAACAUGAUCAGGGAAUCUCCCUGGGCGGGACUGGCAGAGCUGACGCAAAAAGACGGUGCUUUCUGCGGUGAUUCGUGCCCUACACAAGCAUGGUCAGCUAGUUGUCUGAUCGAUCUCUACAUGGACGCUGCAGAAUACCAG